AUGGCGCAAGGAUUCAAGCCGUCGAAGCCCGCGGCGACCGCACUCGCCUCCAAGAACAAGGCAAAGAGCAAGGUCACAAAGACCGGACCCAAGCGUGGUCCCCGAGUCAUCGCUCCAAAGAAGUCGGCCGCCGUCAGCAUCGCCAACCUGAAAAAGCAACAAACCGCUUCGCUGACGUCCAAGAUUGAGCAGGAGAUGGCGGGGAGAGCGGCCAGCGGUGGCCCACUCACCAUCAUGAAAAAGGCUGCCGAUGGCGCACUCGAGGCGCAGAAGGGGGGCAAGAAGAAGAAGGCGGCGUGA